GUGGCGGUGACCGUGGCGGCGGCGGCGGCAGCAGCGGUCACUGGUGUCGUGGUGCCUAGCUGAACGGAGCCCGACCCGGGGGAGCGCGGUCUGCCGCAUGUGAUGAAAGUGUUCACUCUCCGGGAAAGCACAGCCAUGGCUUCCCCACUGCCCCAGGAGGUGGAGGAGGAGCUGGCGCCUGUUGGCUCUGAGCCAGGUGACCCUCGGGCCAAGCCCCCCGUCAAGCCCAAGCCCCGAGCCUUGCCCAGCAAGCCAGCUCUACCUGCCAAGCCCAGCCUUUUGGUGCCUGUUGGGCCUCGGCCUCCUCGGGGUCCCCUGGCUGAGCUGCCUUCUGCCCGGAAGAUGAACAUGCUGGCAGGACCUCAGCCGUACGGUGCUAGCAAGCGCCCCCUCCCAUUUACACCCAGGCCUACAGCUGAGGCACCUGCUGCAGGAGAAGUUAGCCAAGAGGCUGCUGAGAAAGAGGACCCGCCCCCCUUGACACCCCCAGCCCGAUGUGCUGCCCCUGGCGGUGUGCGGAAGGCCCCUGCCCCCUUUCGUCCCUCCUCUGAGCGGUUUUCAGCCAACACAGUAGAAGAGAUUCUGGCCAAGAUGGAGCAACCUCGGAAGGAGAUCCCUGCUAGCCCUGAUCGCCUCUGGGGCUCCCGCCUCUCUUUUAACCAUGAUGGAAGCUCUCGAUACGGCCCCAGGACCUAUGGUGCCCCUGGCCCCAGGGAGGAGAGUGAUAAGACCCCUGCCAAAGGAUGGUCUCAGGAGGGGACAGCAGAGUCUCCAGCAGAAUGCCAAGAAGAACGUAGCAAGACCCUGGAGGAGAGGAGCCUCAGUUCCAGCCUGGCCAUAAACGGGGACCUGGCGAAGCUGGCUAGCUCUGACUCACCUGCCGAUGCUUCCGAGACCUGGGUCACCUCAAGUCCAAACCCCACGUCAGAGCAUGGAGGCUCUACUAGCCCAGCUCUCCCUGCUAAGGUCUCUGUGCCAGCCUCUGAGUCUCCCCAGCCUUCUCAGUUUUCAGAGACCCAGAGUCCCACAGCUUCUGAGGUUCCGGUCUGCCUCCCCGUGGUUCCAGCAUCCCCCAGUGCAGCGUGUCCCCGUGAACAUCCCCACCACUCCCCCAGCUCAGAGCUGCCUGCGGAUGCAGCUCCAGAGACCCUCAGACCCAGCAGCUCUCCUGUGCAGACAGUGUCAGGGCAGCGCAGCUCGGAGCAGCCCCCGGCUCUCUUGCCUCAGGCCCCGAUUGAGGGAGCUGCGCUGCCAGACCUCAUGCGAACAUUACCGAGUGCAGGGGAGGCCGCAGCCAAGGGUCCCGUGGAGCCCCGUCCCAGCAGCCUGGCCCAGCGUCGAUUCUCAGAAGGGGUGCUCCGGCCACCCAGCCAGGACCAAGAGAAGCUGGGAGGCUCAUUGGCUGCUCUGCCCCAAGAUCAGGGGAGCCAGCCAACCCUAGAUCGCCCCUUUGGGAGUGGGACAGAGUCUAACUGGAGCUUGUCACAGUCGUUUGAGUGGACCUUCCCCACGAGGCCCUCGGGUCUGGGUGUGUGGCGGCUGGAUUCCCCACCUCCAUCUCCCAUUACAGAAGCCAGUGAAGCUGCAGAGGCAGCUGAAGCUGCCAAUUGGGCUGUAGCCUGCAGGGAAGAAGGGGUGUCCCAGCUGGGACCAGGAACCCCAUCAGCUCCAGAGAGUCCAGGAAGGCCUAUUUCUGAGGUUCAGGGAAAUGAUCCAGGCAUCUCCCUAACCCAGGGAGAUGAUGGAACCAGUGAGCCUCAGGCCCCAGCUGGUCUUCCCUCGACAGUUGAGGGCCCAGCUGGGACACCCUUACUUCAGGCGGAGGAGAACUAUGAGGACCAGGAGCCGCUGGUGGGGCAGGAGUCCCCUAUUGCUCUGGCCACCGAGGAGGCAGCCCUGCCUGUGCUAGAGCCAGUUCUGGGACAGCAGCAGCCGACCCCCUCAGACCAGCCCUGCAUCCUCUUCGUGGAUGUACCUGAUCCUGGGCAGGCGUUGCCUGUUGAGGAAGAGGUGGUGACCCUAGGCUGGGCAGACGCCACCCAGCCCAGGACGGAGGCUCAGGAGCCCUGCAGGGUGUCCCCUGAGCUGACAGGACCUGAAAGCAGUUCUUGCUGGCUGGACGAUCUCUUGGCAUCACCACCACCCAACUCAGGCAGUGCGAGGCGGGCAGCUGGACCUGAGCUAAAGGAUGGACAGUCACCGAGCACCUGCUCUGAGGGGCUCCUUGGCUGGUCCCAGAAAGACCUGCAGAGUGAAUUUGGGGUUGCAGCAGAUACACAUCCCAGCAGUUUUGGUCCUUCGAGCUGGUCUCAAGAUGCUGCUCAGAGCUACAGCCUUGGAGGCAGGAGCCCUGGUGGAGACCCAGGUCUUGGGAAAAAAGACUGGAGCAGCGAGUGUGGGCGAGGGUCUGGGGAGGGGAGCAACAGGGAAUGGGUCAGCAGGUGCAGCCUGGGCCCAGAGACGACAGGAGUCAGCAGCAACCAAGGUGAGAGUGAAGGGCCUGUCCACGAGUGGGCAGUGGGAGAGCCAGCCCAGCUUGGCACCCAGGGCCUGGAGGUGGAUGCACAGGAAUGGGAAUUUGGAAAGAGAGAUUCCCAGGGCACUUACUCCAGCCGUGACAAAGAGCUCCAGGACCAGGAGUUUGGGAAGCAAGAUUCCUUGGGUUCUUUCAGCACCCGAGAUGCAAACCUUCAGGACUGGGAGUUUGGGAAGAGAACAUCUCUGAGCACCAGCCCAGAUGCGGAUGAGAAGGGUCAAGAACUGGGGAGGAAGGACCUCUCUGGCUAUAGCAGCCAGGAUGCUGAGGAGCAGGACCGUGAGUUUGAGAAGCGAGAUUCUGUUCUCGACAUCCACAGCAGCCGGGCCAUAGCCCAGCAGGACCAGGAGUUCAGCAAGAGUGCAUGGCUACAGGAUUACAGCGGUUGUGGCUCAAGGGCCCUCAGCUCUCAGGAGAGAGGAUUCGGGCCACGAACCCUGAGCUCUGGCUUCAGUCCUGAGGAAGCUCAGCAGCAGGAUGAGGAGUUUGAGAAGAAGACUCCAAGUGGUGAAGACAGGUUUUAUGAGGCCAGCAGGGACGUGGGCCAGCUGGAAGAAGGAGAAUCUGGGGGCCUGCUGAGCCCUAGCACACCUAGGCCGCAAGACGGAGCCAUUAGGCAGAAAGACCAGGGUGACUGGCAAGAUGGUGACUCUAGCCAGAGCACAGGGCUGCAGGGGGUAGCGCAGGCAGGAGGUCAGAGCCCUACCAACGACUUGGAAGACAAGACAGGGCAGCGAGGCUGGGCUGGCGAGUUCAGCCUCGGUGUUACAGCCCAGCCAGGGGCAGCGUUUAGUCCAGGGCGGCAAGACUGGAGCAGGGACCUUUGCAUGGAGGGCACAGAGAGUGGCUAUCAGUUUAGCAUCAUUGGCAACGACAGAUUGGGUAUUGGCUGCCUCAGCCCUUCCGGGAAGAUGGGAGGUGGCCACUUCGUGCCUCCUGGAGAGACAAAGGCUGGGGCUGUGGACUGGACUGACCAGCUAGGUCUCAGGAACUUGGAAGUGUCUAGCUGUGUGAGUUCUGGAGGCUCCAGUGAGGCUAGAGAGAAUGUUGUGGGACAGGUGGGCUGGUCAGACAGCCUGGGCUUGAACAAUGGAGACCUGGCCAGUCGUUUGGGAACUGGAGGUUCUGAGGAGCCCAGGGGGGUGGGAGUUGGGGAGAAGGACUGGACUUGUGACGUGGAGGCAAGAAGCAGAGACUUGCCAGGGCAGGGGGAAAGAGGAGGACACAGCCAGGCCAGGGAGAGUGGUGUGGGGCAGCCCGACUGGUCAGGUGUGGAGGCUGGAGAGUUCCUUAAGUCCAGAGAACGUGGAGUUGGACAGGCAGAUUGGACACCUGAUCUUGGAUUGAGAAACAUGGCCCUGGAGGCAGGCUGCAGCCCUGGAGAUCCCAGGGAACUUGGGGUGGGUCAGGUAGACUGGGGUGACAAUCUAGGUCUGAGGAAUUUGGAGGUGCCCUGCGACCUAGAGUCGGGAGGUUCUCAGGGAUGUGGGGUUGGGCAGAUGGACUGGGCCCAGGACUUGGGACUCCAGAACCUGAGGCUCUGUGGGGCUCCAAGCGAUGUUAGGGAGUGUGGGGUGGGGAGAGUGGGCUCUGGCCUAGAGCUAGAUCCUAAGAGGAGUGGCAGUCUGUCCCCUGGUUUGGAGACUGAGGACGCCUUGGAAGUCAGGGAGCUGGGGGUGGGCGAGACAAGCGGGCCAGAGACACGGGGUGAGCACAGCUCAUCACCUUCCUCCGAGACUCACUCUGAAGACACUGGGAUGGACACAGGAGAAGCGCCUUGUGUGGGAGCCAGCCCCAGCAGGUACCUGGCGUGCUCUCCACCUUCUGGCUCCCAGAGCCUUCUGGAGGGGAUAAUGGCAGCCGGCAGCCCUGUGGCAUCUACUCAGAGGGAAUCAGCAGCUUUGGGCCUCAGGGUUCUGUCAGAGGAAGAGGGAGACACUGCAGGUGCCGACCAAGCGGAGCCCCAGGAUUCUAGCAGAGACCCUUUGCCUUUCUUGAGGCCUCAGCCUGAUGGUGAAGCCAGCCAGGUGGAAGAGGUGGAUGGCACCUGGAGUCUCACUUCGGAGGCUAGGCAAGCCGAGCAGGGCUCAGCCCCGGCCCCCCGGCGGCCUCCCCGAGGACCUCUGCCCAGCUGCCCCAGUGAGGACUUCUCCUUCAUAGAGGACACUGAGAUCCUUGAUAGUGCCAUGUAUCGGAGUCGUGCCAACCUAGGGCGUAAGCGGGGCCACCGGGCCCCAGCCAUCCGGCCUGGGGGUACCCUGGGCCUGUCAGAGACAGCAGACUCGGAUACUCGGCUGUUCCAAGACUCAACAGAGCCCAGGGCUUCCCGGGUGCCAUCGUCAGAUGAGGAGGUAGUGGAGGAGCCUCAGAGCCGCAGGACGCGGAAGUCCUUGGGCACCAAAGGGCUGAAAGUCAACCUCUUCCCUGGCCUGAGCCCAUCAGCCUUGAAGGCCAAGCUGCGCUCCCGGAACCGCUCAGCUGAGGAGGGAGAGGUGACAGAGAGCAAAUCAAGCCAGAAGGAGUCUUCUGUCCAGCGUUCUAAGUCCUGCAAGGUCCCAGGGCUAGGGAAGCCCCUCGCAUUACCCCCGAAGCCAGAAAAAUCCUCAGGGUCAGAAGGAUCAUCACCCAACUGGCUACAAGCCCUGAAGCUAAAGAAGAAAAAGAUCUGAUCCGGGCGAAGGGCCUUCCCAUCUGGCAGUCUCAUUCCUGUGGGGUUCCCAAGUGAGGAGACAGCGGAGCCCCACUGAGGCUCAGACUGCAGCCUCCUCCCCCCUCCACUUCUGAGGAGUGUCUGGGAAGCACAUUUAUGCACUUUGUAUCGCCGUCCCAACUUCUCCCACACUUUCCUUCCCAGCCCGGUUCCCUUACCCAGUGGUGGGAGGUUUUGGUCCUUCCCUCGCUCUUUCCUUCACCCUCCUUGCCUCCUCCUUCAGCCUCCCUUGGGUUUUCUUUUGAUACCAAUUUAUAGCAUUUUUAUAAAAGCCUCUGAUUUUUGUAAUGGGUGGGCCCACCCCAAGCCCCACCCCAGCCUCCCUCUUUCCUGCUAGGUGCCCCACAGAGACCAAUGACAUUUUACCACUUGAAACCAUAAAUAAAGUUUUUUUGGGAGUUGG